AUGAAGUAUUUUCUUGUGCUUUCGUUGCUGCCCUUGCUGUGUCACACGCAGUCAGAAGAAUUUGUUGAUUUAAAUACAGCAGAUCAGCUCAAUUUAUUAUUUCAAAAUGCACCUGGACUAGAUUCGCAAGAUACCUCCAGCGUAGCAGACACACCGAAAACACACGUUGAUACCAAAACGAAUAAUUGUAAAAGUGGUAGGAACUGUCAAAAAGAUAUUUCUGGACCAUUGGAUGAGAGUCCAAAAAUAAAAACCACGCCAAAAAAAGUACCUAAUACUCUAGAGUUAAUAAAUGAGAAGGCACCUUUAGAAUCAACGACAAAACCUAGUUUAAAUCUUAAAACAAAUGAAGGCUCAGUAAGACCGGAUUUGAAACCUGGCCGUCAAAACCCUACUGUCAAAAAAGAUAAUACAAACACCAAUCGACCGAAAGAAUAUCAGUCCAGGGAGCAGGACAUUCAGCGAAAGACAGAACUACACAAUUCAAUUUACUUGAAGGCACAGAGACCAGAUAUAACCCCAGGUCGAAUAAACUCUUCAGUUCAACAAAUCUAUAAAAAUUCAUCCGUACCCAGCAAGAUGAAUAUUGGCAAAACUAAUUCAAGUGCAUUUAACCAAAACACGUUUGAUCGCUCCAAAGUAAACCAAUCGCAAUUUCUAGAUCUCCAACCAGCUUCUAGAUCAAAACCAUCAAUUAGAACAGUCAAUGAAGACCCAAUUUUAAAGCUAUCAAAAUCGGAUGGCUAUCCAAAAAAUAAUAUCUCAAACACAGCAACACUAAAGCCAAUAGAUCUGUCUCCGAAAUUAAACACGCCGCUGAAUUCAAAACCUGUAAAACCCCCACCAUCUCCAAGUGUGAUUCAAUCCAAUAUAAAGAAUGCAACAAGUGAUGGCAAAUUCGACAUAACCAAGUUAAGCUUGUUCGGUUAUCCGAAUAAUUUAAAUAAAUCACCAGGACCCAGCACAGUAGAUCGUGCAAACACUUCAGUGUACUUCCACCAGCAGAAAGAUCAUCAUCAAGCAAAUGCUGUAUCAAACCCCACGAAGACGAGUGUCGUGGAUCGGAAACCAACCCAUCCAAAAAAGUCGCUAAUAACACUAGGAUAUAAGAACAAUCAAGGUGAACCGACAACGCAAAGAAACCAGUACAUCUCGACCAAGCCAAGUUUACCUAAAUUACCAAAUAAGGGCUCAGUUACUUCGAAGGGUCAUACAAAGUUGGAAGAGCCCUGGAUCGAAAGGGAGAAGGUAAACAGACAGAAUCUGUUUCAUGUCGUGAAUAGACCUGGUCCAUACUCCAGCCCCAACGGUGUUCCCACCUUCAGACCCCAGAGACCUAUACACUAUGCAAGCGGCGGAAGCGAGUCUCCAGAUUAUUAUUAUGAGUUUUUGUACCCGGUACGCUCGCCUGAAACGUUUUUGGUUAUAUCCAAUUUAAGGAUCCUUUCGACUCCAUGUUAUUUGCCUUAUCGCCAUGUAUAUGUGUCCAACCGUCGGGUGUAG